UGGCAUGCCACUUGACCUGUAUUCCACCAAUAGUAUUUAACUGGUGCAAAAAGAUGACACUAGCAAGUGCCUCCUGUUGACAUGACAGAGUCCCCUUGUAGUUUGCAGGAUGUUCAAAAAGGAAAAGUCCCUUGCUUCAGAAUGCAAGAAAGUAUUGCUUUCUCAAGGAACUACUCGAACUAUGGUGAAGAAUGAUAUGAAAAAUUUCCACUCUUUGUCACGCUUUGUACUCUCAGUAGGCCCUCUAAAAUCAAAUCCAGCUGUUAAACAUUCAAAAACUACUCACUUUGAGAUUGAAAUACUUGAUGCUCAAACAAGAAAGCAGAUUUGUAUUGUGGAUAAGGUGGCACAAACAUCUACUAUUCAUGAUGUUAAACAAAAAUUUCACAAAGCAUGUCCAAAGUGGCAGCCUUCCUGCAUUGGACUGCAGCUAGAGUGUGGUGGGCCCUUUUUGAAGGACUACAUAACCAUCCAAAGUGUUGCAGCUUCCUCCAUUGUCACACUGUAUUUUACAGACCUAGGUCCACAGGUCAACUGGACUACAGUAUUUUUGACUGAAUAUACAGGACCUUUGUUAAUAUAUCUCCUCUUCUAUUUGAGGCCUCCAUAUAUAUAUGACAUGAAAGAGAGCUCUAGAAGAAUGCGACAUCCAGUGGUACACUUGGCCUGUUUCUGUCAUUGUCUACACUAUAUUCGUUAUAUUUUGGAAACCGUAUUUGUUCACAAAGUGUCUUCAGGACAUACACCUUUGAAAAAUUUGAUAAAGGGCUGUGCCUUUUACUGGGGAUUCACUUCUUGGAUUGCUUAUUAUAUUAACCACCCACGAUAUACACCACCGUCUUUUGGGAACAGACAAAUUACAGUAUCUGCUAUCAGUUUUCUGAUUUGUGAAGCUGGAAAUCACUUCAUCAAUGUGAUAUUGUCACAUCCCAACCACACAGGAAAUAAUGCCUGUUUUCCUAGUCCAAAUUAUAACCCCUUCACUUGGAUGUUUUUCCUGGUUUCAUGCCCUAACUAUACUUAUGAGAUUGGAUCAUGGAUUAGCUUCACAGUCAUGACACAAACGCUACCAGUUGGGAUUUUUACACUUCUGAUGAGUAUCCAGAUGUCUUUGUGGGCACAGAAGAAACAUAAAAUUUAUCUGAAGAAAUUCAAUUCUUAUAUGUAUAGGAAAUCAGCAAUGAUUCCAUUCAUAUUAUAAAAAUUAAAUGAUUUUAAUUUCAUAUACAUAAAAUCAACAUAUAAAUUAAUAAAAGAUGACUUAGUCAGA